AUGUCCCCCAAUAUGACUACCUCCAACUCAGCUCGAAACAAUAUUGUUGAUAUCAUGAAACAAUCAUCCCCAGUAGAUACCACAACUCCAUACGAUGCUAGCUGGGUAGCAGGGAAAACGAUUAUUAUAACAGGUGGAGCGUCAGGAUUUGGUGAAGGAUUCUUUAGGAAAUGGGCUGAGAAUGGAGCAAAUGUCAUAAUUGGAGACGUCAACGGUACAAGAGGGAAAGCAUUGGUCGAGGAAGUACGCAAGAAGACUGCCAAUCAGAAUCAUCAUUAUUUACAAUGUGAUGUUACGAAUUGGCAAUCACAAGUCGACUUCUUUCGUACAGCUGCCGAGCUAAGUCCUUCUAAAGGCAUUGAUGCUGUGGUAGCAAAUGCAGGGAUUACGGAGGAGCCCAUGAGCUUUCAGGAACCUUUGAAUUUAGAUGCAGCGGAACCACCCAAGCCGAACUUUAAAGCCUUUGAAGUUGAUUUACUUGGAGUUAUGUAUACAGCACAUUUGGCUAUGUGGUAUCUUCCUCGAAAUCCUAGGUCACAAAAAGCCAAUCCAUCCAUAACACCUGGUCCAAACACACCCGAUAGACAUUUACUAUUGAUUGGAUCAGUAGCAUCCAUCCUUCCUUUUCCUGGACAAGUUCAAUACGCAACGGCAAAACAUGGUGUCCUAGGAUUAUUUCGCUCAUUGAGAUCUACGACCUUUGCCAAUGGUAUUCGAGUCAACAUGCUAUGUCCCUAUUUCAUUGAUACACCUUUGAUACCUACAGGAGGUAGAUUACUAUUGGCCGGUGGAGCGAUGGGCAAACCGGAAGAUGUUGUAGAUGCUGGCACAAGAUUGAUGGCGGACUCAAGAAUAGUUGGUAGAGCUUUGGUUAUUGGUCCAAAGGUUCAAGUGGAAGGAGAAUUCAAUUUGUUGCCGGAAUCGUCAAAAGGUAACGAAAAGGCUGUAUGGGAAGCUUAUGCUGACGAUUGCAUUGAACUCGAGGUCUUUAGCGCAAGGUUUGUGAGGUUGAUUAAUACAGUUGAGACGAUGAGAGGUUGGGGAGGAUGGGCAGUGGAUGUUGCGAAGGCAUUAACGUAUCCCAUACGUUCUAUCUUGGGCGGGUAA